AAUAGCAAAACAUUAUAUGAAUCUGAGUUAUAUCUAUUAUGUGUCAUACCUCCCUGCUGUGCUUACUCAAUGAAUAAGUAUUGAACCUUUGUUAGAUAGUUAGUUGCCCGCACCGUGAACUAACUUGCCACUAGGAGUCCCCAUUAGAUAGAUUUGUCCUAUUCUCAUUUACAUUUCAGCUUUUAAGUGAACCAAUGUCUGUUUGGCGGCUGCAGCUCCGUCACAUCACUGGCGUUGAAGGCUUGUGUGUUAAGUAUUUAGUCGAUUUGUGCGUGUUGACAACUGCUGAUCUACUUCUAUGCUUGGAUGCAUGAGAGUGUUGGAGCGCUCGUGCCAUAUUGAUUUAAUGUAUGUGUACACAUUGACUUACUGCAUGUGUACGUGUGCACUGUCAUAAUUUUCUGGGCCUUAACUCUUUGUUGUGUGUCUGUGUAUGUGUGUGUGUGUGUUCAGGUACGACUUCAGGGCUUAAGACUGCAGCCUGGACCAAACAACAACGUCUCAACGACAUUUAUGAAGCUUGUAGGGCCUUUUGAUUGAUCAGCCAAUCGAUGGGGAUUUUCAGAGGAGCUCCGCCUACCAUCGCUGCCUGCCCUCCUCCUGCCCCCUCCCCCCGCGCCCCCACCCACUCCGUCAUCCAGCCCUCAAUACACAAAAUGACUCUGGAACUCACUGAAUGGUCUUCAAUAUGGAUUUUUACUGCUUGUAAUAGACAGUAAGAUAAAAAAGGAAAACAAAAAAGAGAGAGACAACCUCAAUGACAAAAAAGCCAUAAACACACCCACCACACACACACACCACAGACACGCAUACACAAACGCACCACUAGCAUACACAAACAUGAAAACACUGACAUACCAACAUACUGAUUGAAGCUCACAGAGUUUGCCAGGCCUGCUCUCACCUGACAACACACUCACAAAGAAGCGGACGCACAAACUCCCGCUUGGAAUGUACUGCACACUCUACCUGUGAAAAUUCUGCUGCUUCCUUUAUUUUUGGGGAUCUUUGGAAAGCGGAUUUUUGUGAUUUUUCUUUUUCCCCACUCAGUGGAGAAAACAAGGCGGCACAAAUUAAACGCCUUUGAUUUGAAGUGUUUUUGGACAACUUAGGACAAAUGAUUGCUGAUUGACUCUUGUUUUCUGUAUUUAAGCAGAUCAGGAAAUUGAGAUUUGUGUUGGGUGUGUUGAGAAGAGUUUCUUUUUUAAUUUUAGAUGUUAUUUCAUGACCUAGAUUGUGCAGACAUUAUCUGUUAUUCUUGUAUUAGCACUUGAUCACUUCACCAACACCUUUUUAAUAGGUAAUUACUAGCAAGUUACAACGACAUGCGAGUUGUAGCAUGUGAAGAUUGUAAUUAAGGUUACUUCCAGGAAGUCAUUACUAGUUUGUAGAGUAACUACAACCUUGAUCCACAAAGUGGUUUGUGGAAGUAGUUGUUUUUUCUUUGGUAGUUCUCAGAUCUUUCAAGGGGUGCGCUUGUUUUCUUGUUGCGUGCAUGCUUACCGCCAUGCCUCCUCAGAACACAGAGGCUGACGCUAUGCAGGUCGGAUCUCUGGUUGGCGGUGUCAACGCCAAAAACUCCUCUGCAUCGGGACUGGAAGAGGAGAAAGGAAGAGCAGGAGGCAAGGCAGAUGGAACGGGAGGAGGCGGGGGAGGAACCAGCGGUGGUGGGGAGGAGGUGGCGAGCGAAGAAUCUAUAGAAGGCAUCCCCAUGAAAAGAUGGUUGAUGCACGGGGCUGUGAUGUUCGGCCGGGAGUUCUGCUACGCCAUGGAGACGGCGCUGGUGACGCCAGUGCUGCUGCAGAUUGGUCUUCCAGAGCAGUACUACAGCCUGACGUGGUUCCUCAGUCCCGUCCUCGGCCUCAUGUUCACCCCCCUGAUCGGCUCGGCCAGCGACCGCUGCACUCUGCGAUGGGGCAGGAGGAGACCCUUCAUCCUGGCUCUCUGUAUCGGCACGCUGAUCGGAGUGGCUCUGUUUCUGAAUGGAUCGCUGAUAGGUCUGUCACUAGGUGACGAGCAGGGAAAACAACCGAUCGGCAUUGUUCUCACUGUGCUGGGAGUCGUGGUGCUGGACUUCUGUGCAGACGCCACGGAGGGACCAAUCAGGGCGUAUUUGCUAGAUGUGGCAGACACAGACGAGCAGGACAUGGCGCUCAACAUCCACGCCGCCUCAGCAGGUCUUGGUGGCGCAGUCGGCUACGCACUCGGAGGCUUGGACUGGACGCACACCUUCCUCGGAGCAAUCUUCAAGUCUCAAGAGCAGAUCCUGUUCGUCUUCGCCGCCAUCCUCUUCUCAAUCUCUGUGGUGUUGCAUCUCUUCAGCAUUGAGGAGCAGCCGUACUCCAACCAACACGACAAGCUGGAUCAGGAGAGCCCAGAUCCCAACAACAAGCGACUUUCAGCCAAUGGCAAGGCAGGAUUUAUUGGUCCCAAGUUGGAAAUGAUAGGAGAGGAUGAAACGAUGGACAGCUACGACCUUUAUGACCACUAUGAAGAUGACAUGUCGGAUCGGGGAGAUAUGGACAUGGACUUUUUGGACGUGGAGCUUGUAAGAAGUAAAAGUGACAGUGUUCUCACCAUGGGUGACGGCGACCACCUGGACCAUGAUGCAAUGUGGUUGUGCCACCUAGAGCCGUCCAUCUUCACCGACCGCCUUUCGCCCUAUCAAGGCUCGCCACCUACGAACUCCUCCUUAUUCAACGCCAAUCACAGCACCCCCCCUCCCCGGUGUAACAACAUCAGACGCAGCAGCAGCACAGGAAGCCAGGACCUGCUCCGGCCCCAAAACAAAAACCACCAAUCGAACGCUCUCACACCCAGGGUUUCCCGCCUCUCGGCUUUCUUGCAAGAAAUGGAGAAUGACGACGGACAGGAGGCGCUGCUCAACAACCAGCUCAACGAGCAGCGGACACUGAACGGCCGGCUGUUAGCCGGUGUAAACAAUGAUGAGAGAUAUAACACCAACAGCCUGAGCUCUAAAGGGCAGGCCCACCGUGCUGGGAUGGUCAAAGCCGCCAGUACCGGAGCUCCCACGAGGCAAUGGCAUCACCGCCAUAUCUUCUACCGCCAGCCGUCCUGCACCUUCUCCUACUACGGCCGAGUAGGGAGCCAGCGUUACCGCUGCCGCCGGGCCAACGCCGCUUUCCUCAUCAAGCCGUCUCGCAGCAUGAACGACCUCUGCGAGGUGGAGACCAGACACAGGCGGAGGAGCAGACAGAGGAGCAGACACAGGAGCGGAAACACCAACUCCUCCAGCGGCGACACCGAGAGCGAAGAGGGCGAGGUUGAGACCACCGUGCGCCUGCUGUGGCUCUCCAUGCUGAAAAUGCCUCCAGAGCUGCUGCGACUCUGCGCCUGUCACCUGCUCACCUGGUUCUCCAUCAUCGCCGAGGCCGUCUUCUUCACCGACUUCAUGGGACAAGUCAUCUACCAUGGAGAUCCCACCGCUCCUGCCAACUCUACUUUGCUGGUAAACUAUCACAGAGGAGUUCAGAUGGGAUGUUGGGGACUUGUUAUAUACGCCAUGACUGCUGCCACCUGCUCAGCUCUCCUUCAGAAAUACCUUGACAACUUUGACCUGAGCAUUAAGGUCAUCUACAUCCUGGGGACACUUGGAUUCUCCAUAGGAACUGCAGUCAUGGCAAUCUUUCCUAAUGUGUAUGUGUCCAUGGUGAUGAUCAGUACCAUGGGCAUCAUCUCCAUGAGUAUCUCCUACUGUCCGUACGCUCUGUUAGGACAGUAUCACGAAAUGAAAGAGUACAUCGAGCACAGUCCUGGAAACUCCCGGAGAGGCUUUGGCAUUGACUGUGCUAUCUUAUCAUGCCAGGUGUACAUCAGUCAGAUCAUGGUGGCCUCCGGGGCCGGUGCUGUGGUGGAAGCUGUUGGCAGCGUCCGUGUUAUUCCCCUGAUGGCCUCUGGGGGCUCCCUCCUCGGCUUCUUCACUGCGUGCUUUUUGGUCAUUUACCCGUCGCCAAACAGCGGGGAGGGGGACUCGGCCAAAGCUUCGGAAAAACGGGCCUUGACGAAGCUGGAAAAUCCCAAAAGCACGGCCGUAGCUGUGGUGAUAGAGAAACCCAGCUUCCUGAAACUCAAUAAGGAGGGGAAGGCCACGACCACCACCACUUCCUGUCACACGGAAAACGAGUCUGCCCUGUGAUUGGCUGGCUAAAUUCAACAGAGACUUUGCUGCAGACACAACGAAAUUCAUUUUAAUCAUCAAUGCUGUUGGAAAAGACGAAAGGAUUUACCCUCCGUUCUCGCUGUGCUGGAGUUUACAGACAUCUGGAAGAGAGACGGGGGCGGUCGGGAAAAUCCGAAAACAACCUAACCUGGUGUGGGACCAGCGUCAUACCAGACCAACCUACCCAACAAAACAAAAAUCCUUCUGGUCCCAGUGCUGUUUUAGCUUUCUCCAAAAAAACUUUCUUUUAAACCUCACAUCGCCCAGAAGUGAGUCAUUCAUUGGUCAUGGUUUUAAAGCAACACUAUGUAACUUUUACUGAGCAGCAGCGCCCUCUGCAGCCACAAGUGGUGAAUACAUCUGCAAAGCAAACAAAAAUUGGUCUGUCCCACUUGCUGAGCUAAAACAUGUCAGAAAGGUGAUUACUCCUCAUGAUUCUCAUUUCCCAAACAAGAUGCGCUGUCACUGUUAAAGGCUCCAAAGUCGUUUUGGAAAGUUGUCUUGUUGAAUAUCUAAGAUCGAUUGGAGAUUAAAUUGAACUGGCUGGUUCUGAUUCCAGUUUAAGUUAGGUUUAAGCUGCAACAUUCAUCUAGAAGAGAAUGUACUCGCUCACCAAAGUUGCAUACAGUGACGAGCCCUUCAGGAUGCGGAGUGAGAAUGAAGAGUAGAGUAGUUGCAUCGUGUUGCUUUAAGUUGAGGUCUUCUCUGUCUCUCAGGGCCUCUAGGAGGUGCCAAUGAGCAGCCGCCUGGACAGGAAACUUCAGGGGAUUCUCAUUCAUACAAACUCUCACAUGCACAUAAACACCUCUUCAUCUGAAUCAGAUGAACAAACUGAACAAUGAACACUGUUGAUGACCAUUAGUCUUCGAAAGCUGCAUUCAUUAAAGAAAUAUUGUUCUUCCUCGCUGUGGAAUCGGAUCGAUGGAAUCUUUGCUUCAUCAUGUGGACGCUCAUCGACAAGAGAGAGAAUGUGUGAGGACUUGGCGUCACCAAAGUGAACACACUCGGUUUUGCGGGACCUUAACAGCACUCAGCGACAGUAGCUUUAAGACUCCACAGACUUUUGGAAGCCUGUUUCAACAGGGGAAAGAAUCGAUCUGGAGCCCCCAAGUUUGAUUGCAGGUGAUCUGUUUUGCCCUGCGUCACACGGCAGAGGUGCUCGCAUCUUAAAUUCAGCUUUCACUCCGGGGCAAAGGUGACGAUAUUUACGAGGCUCUGCGGACAAGUGUGAAGUUGCCUUUCAUUGCUGAGAGUUAGGAACAAGAAUAAAAAGAGUGCUGAUGUGUAUUGACUGAAAUUCCAGGAAAAGAAAGAGCAAAGAUGCAAUAUGUGCAGCAAACAGGGGCAUUACAAAUCCCAAAUACUAUUUUCAUGAUUUUUUUGUGGACUCAGAGAUGCUUCUGUUCAUUUUGGAUAAUCACACUAACCUACAUGCUGCAUGUCAGAGGAGCGGAGGAGUAACCAACCAAACAGCACAGGAGAAGAGAAGAGAUGUGUGGAGCUUCUCUCUCCUUUUUAUGUUGCUUAAAUUUUUUUUUAGAAAAUGCUCCGAACACAAUGUUUAUCACCAACUGCACAUUAGCUGAGCCAUUGUCGAUAAAAGUGUUGCAGCGUUUAGUUGUUUGCGAUCCUCUCUGUUGGGCUGUUGGAUUUGUGUGUUUCCUGACGCUGCGCGGUUCCAGUGACUCAACCAGUAAUGACCAGUGUCUGCAAUGGGACACAAGCAUAUUAGAACGGAUCUUGGUUUCCUAAAAGACAAAUCAGGUUUCUGGGGCCCGUGCGAUGUAAGACAGAGAGAGAGAGAGAGAGAGAAAAAAAGAGAUGUGUUACUUGAGCCUCUAUGGAGGAUUGUGGUUCUGCUACAGGAGCCUUGAUUCCAUUUUAACAGGCCAAAUAUGAUCAGUACAGUGAAGCAGUAAUUGGUAGAUAAGUUGCUAAUGACUUUUAUGAUGCAUGUUAAAUUAAAAUCCAACAGAGGGAUUAGAAACCAGAUUAGAGGUGGAUUGAAGACAUUUAUUCACUUCAAAAAAUUCAAAAGUUUUUAUGAAACCGGCUUUUUGCUUUGUUGGCUUUAUGGUAAACAUGAAGCUACAGUCAGCGGUUUGUUCAUUUAGCUGGUUCUGUAAAAAUAAACCAGUAAGGCAGAUUUAUCUUUUUUUGAGUGACCCCAAAAACUAAAUAAUUUUGUUAAAUGACAAAUCUGGUUUCUGCUUCACUUACUGGCUGAAUCGAACUUUGUCUCCAUUAAAAACAGCUAAAUUUACCACAAAAGUAAUUGUAUUUACUCAAAAUGAGAAACAUUUAUUUCCUGAAACAAACAGCAAAUCAGUAAAAUUCACUGAAGAUGGUUCUGAUCUAUUUUGUAUAAUGGAGUAUUGGGGCCAAUUAAAGGGGAUACAAAUCUGAGAGUUCCUGUUUGAAAAAGUUGUUAUUCGACAAGAAUUCAAGGACAGUAGAGCGUCUGCAUGUGCUGUUUUGGGGGGGUGAAUCAGAGAUGUGAUGAUGGAUGAGGAAGUAAAACUGCCAAGUGCAGUUUAACUUCGACCAUGUUAACAUCAGUGCAGAGGGGUGGGACUGAUUAGAGAGAAUACAUGCAAUAAUCUCUUAAUUGUACUGUGUAAACCCUUGAGGUCAAAUUACCUUAAUCUUUGGAAUGUUUCAUUCGCUCACGAUGCUGGACGUGUAAAAGUAAACUUGACGUUAGGAUGCGAAAAGAAGAUUUUAUUUGUUUUCUGACAAAUCAGGUGGUUUGUUGCAAUAAAGGCCUUAGUUAAUCAGCCGGUCGUUGGCCAGCGUGAGGUGGUGUUUUGCGGACGGAGCAGGGUUGUUGGUUCCAGGUGUUUUUCCUGCAUCUGUCAGGGGGAAAGUGUUGUGGAUCUGGGUCAGUUUUCCUUUCAGCUCAAUCAGCUGAAACCUGCAAAUGGGAAGGAAUCGAGAUGUACAUUGCUGUGGGUUCAUUUAACGAUGAAAGGAUGUUUUAUUCAAGUGUGUAUUCCAGAUUUUAGUGCAGAAGUUUUUUGGUUUUAGGAGAGAGUUUACUGAUUGUUGUUUUCGCACUCGGGUGGAUGCUGUUACAGAGUUUUUUCGCACGAACUAGAUUCCUUCCAUAAUUUCAGGUACAUUCACUUAGUCCCAGAGCAGAGCAGAGUGGAGAGGAGGAGGACGAUUUCUGCUUCCCAGGUCGACACUGCUCUUGCUGUAGUUCUGGGAUAAUGUCAGAGAGACGAGGGGUGCAGGUGCUGUGGGUUUGCCACAGCUUCUGGAACCACAAGGGCAAUAAAACAUUCUGUAUUAAAACAAAAUUCAAUCACACAAAAAAAACUGACACAACUUUAUGGAAAAACAUGAAGAUAAAAAAACAACAACUUUGUGUUUGGGAGGUUUGCAUGUGACAACAGCGAUAAUGCAUGUGUGGAACACCAAAGUAUGACUCUGUGCAACUCAAUCUCUUUACUUAUUGUCCUCAUAGGUCAGGGAUGUAUUUUCUAAUGCAUGGCUGGAUGUUUGUGUCUUUUAAAAAAAAACUUAAAUGUGUUUUUAAAAAAACAUAAUAGCCCAACAUGUACUCUUUUAGCUGAAGCAUUGUGCUUGGUGUGGGUCAGUACACUUUUAACAAGCAUGUGACUUUUUACAGUUUUGCACAUUUAUGAGUGAAGUUUCCGGCGAGACGUGUGCGUGUGUGUGACGCUCCUUGUUAAAAGUGUCAGCGAGAAACCCCAAGCCGCGAAUACUUGAAGUGCAACUUCAGCGUUUCAGUUCCAAUGCAGUGGAAAGUUUUUAGAUUUUUCCUUUUCUUUCUCGGAGGGGGUGUUGCUUGUGAUAUCCCAAGCCUUCUUACUGUUGACUCUGGAAUGUUCAGACAGCGCGGCUGCCCGCUCGGCCUGCUGGGAGGUUGAGCUCCUACCUUUUGAUUCCAUCUGGUGACUUAAAUUUUUUCUCUUUUUUUCUGAAAAAAGUCAAUGAAUGUGAGUUGAUUUCAGCAGAAAUCACUUUUUGUUUUGAUGUUUGACGAGCCGGGGGUUGGGGGGGGGAUCUGACAUUGCACAGAACUUGCACAUAAUAAGUUAAAAACAAAACAUAAACCGUAGAAUUUUGUUGUAUAAGAAAGAAAAAAAAAGAAACUGUGGAUAUUUAUUUUUUUGUUUUUGAGUUUUCCUAUCUAUAAAGGACACUUUUCACUAUAGUUUCCAAAAGGGUAAAGUAAAACUUAUUCUAUUUACUGUUACAGGAGAUGGUUUAAAGUGGACAGAGAAAUGUGUGUUUGUUUGCACCUGUGAGAGGUUGUGUCAUGGUUGCUCACGUGAAGCAAAAAGUAAGGAUGUGUUUAAAAUGUCAUCUCGGUGUUUGUACUUGUUCUCUGUUUGUUGCGAUCACCUGGUUUACACUUAACUCUGGAAUCAAUGGCUGCAAUACCAGAGGUUACUUAAGAGUCUGUUGUCUCUGUUCUGGUGUUUUAACUCAACUAGAAAACGUGUUUUUUGUUCUUGUGUUUGUUCUUAUAAAUCAGGCGGGUCACACACACACACACACACACACACACACACACACACACACACACACACACACACACACACACACACACACACACACACACAAGCAAGAGUUUGGCCUUUGCACUUUUUCAGUGGCAGCCGUGUUGGCGCCACCAUCCUGAUCACUGAACGAAUGUGAUGCUGUUUUCUUAUUUCCAAACAGCAGCUGUCAGUGGCAGCCGCAUGGCGGCCAUGGAGUUCGUCCGACCUGGUCGAACUGUGUAUGUAUGUGUGUGUGUGUGUUUGUGUGGCUCUGCCUCCAGUAAACUGUGUUAACGAUGGAGGAGAGAAAUGCUUAAAUACUUCUGAUCUUCACUGAGAUUAAAUCAAGAAAAAUACUUAAAGAAUGGGAAAGCAAGUAUGCGCAGUGUACUAUAUAUAAUAUGCCUUGUUAUUUGAGAAAAAAAGAUGUAAAUAUACAUAUUUCUCUUUUAGUUUCUUCUUUUUUGCUGCUAUGAAAAAGAUGAUUAUUUUUGUUAGUAGUUUUGUUUUCUAUAUAAAGACUGUAUAUAUAUAUAUAUAUAUAUAUAUACAUAUAUAUCUCUGUUCUGUAAAUAUGCUUGAGCCUUCAUAUGUAGGACUCUGGAUGAACACUGUAUGAAACUCACCUUAAAUCUGUUCAGAAGUUAAACAACAA